AUGACACGAACCACACCCAACAGGACAAGAACCACACCCAAUGGGCCACGAACCACACCCAACAGGACAAGGACACAAACCACACCCAACAUGACACGAACCACACCCAACAGGACAAGAACCACACCCAAUGGGCCACGAACCACACCCAACAGGACAAGGACACAAACCACACCCAACAAGACACGAACCACACCCAACAUGACACGAACCACACCCAACAGGACACGAACAACACCCAACAUGACACGAACCACACCCAACAAGACACGAACCACACCCAACAGGACACGAACCACACCCAACAAGACACGAACCACACCACACAGGACACGAACCACACCCAACAUGACAAGAACCACAGCCAACAUGACACGAACCACACCAAACAGGACAAGAGCCACACCCAACAGGCCACGAACCACACCCAACAAAACACGAACCACACCCAACAGGACACGAACAACACCAAACAGGACAAGAACCACUUCCAACAUGACACGAACCACACCCAACAGGACACGAACAACACCCAAUGGGCCACGAACCACACCCAACAAGACACGAACCACAAAAAACAAGACACGAACCACACCCAACAGGACACGAACCACUUCCAACAUGACACGAACCACACCCAACAGGACACGAACCACACCCAACAUGACACAAACCACACCCAACAAGACACGAACCACAAAAAACAAGACACGAACCACACCCAACAGGACACACACUACACAAAACAGGACACAAAUCACACUUAACAAGACACGAACCACACCCAACAGGAUACGAAAGACAAUCAACAGGAUACAAACCACGACCAACGUCACACGAACUACACUCAACAGGACAACAUGUAAUCAAGUCAUGGGUUACCCUCCUCCACCUACCCUUCUUCAACCCAACCCUUACCCUUCUCCACCUAUCCAUCUCUUCCAACCCUAA